AAAUAACAAUCGUCUUCCUCUAAGGUCUCAUCCUCUCUGUUUCUAGGGUCACCGUCGCUCGAUCUUAUCGAUAAUAACAAACAACAAAGGCUGAAUUUCAAGAUGGAUUUCGUAAAGAAUCUUGACACGGACACGUCUCUAUUAAUUCUUUCGUGUCUUGAUGACCCAUCAGAUCUUGUCCGUGCCAGUGCUGUCUCACGCUCCUGGCGAGAGUUCGUGAUUAGAUACGGUCUCUCAAAGAACCUGUGUUUCAAGCUGUUCCAUCAGCUAACUUGCGUGGAUCGUGUAAUCGAAGCAAGCAAUGAAGAGUCCUCUGGUUCAAGCAGCAGUAGUCUCAUGGCUGAGACAAAGCUACUAGAAAGAGAGCACAAGGCUUUUGCCUUAUUAGCUAAAGGAUCCACAUCGUCUCCUAUCAGAAGCUGUAUUGCUGAUGCCAUUAUAGCAUCUAGCACUGAUAAUUUCCCAGAAGAGAGUAUCUUGAACACGCUUGAUGAAAGAGAUAAAAUUGGUGCCACACCUUCGUAUUGGUCUAGUUCAGGACAACACAAUACUUCUGUGCCAGAAACACUUCUUUAUAAGUUGAAGGGUGAUUUGUGUGUCGUUACUGAGUUCAGCAUUCACCCUUUUCAAGCUUAUUUUCAGCGUGGUGCGCCGAUAUACUCUUCACAUUAUGUUCGUUUCCGGUUGGGUCAUCUUGAUAACAACUCACAGGAGAAUAACAACUAUGUAUGGACUUACACUUCGCAACAGUUUGCAAUGGCUCAGGAAAAUCGGUUACAGACCUUUAAGCUGCCAGAGCCAGUUGUUUGCAUUGGUGGGUAUAUGCUAAUAGAGUUUCUAGGUCGAGUUCAGACACAAGAAGGGGAUGGUCUAUACUACAUAUGCGUGGCCCAUGUCAGAGUGAUGGGAAGAUCACUAGCAAAGUCGUUUCGGUUGGUGGAUCCGGACGAGUCAGGAAAGUUUGGGUUGAAGGUGGUGUGUUACUGUGAUCCUAAAGAAAUGGGUGAGACAGAGGAAGAAGAAGAGGUGGUGGAGCAAAGGCCGUUUAGGCAGAUGAGGAACCUUGAACAGCUCUUGAAUUUCCUGCACAGGCAUCCUAUGGACGUCGAGUAUGUUUGGCCUGAAUCAGACGACGAGGAAGAAGAUGAUGAUGCUGGAUCAGAUGGUGAGGUUUAGUGUCUGAAUCACCAAGAUGAUACUGAACCGAGUGGGUUUAUUAUUUAUUAUCUUUUCUUAUAAUUGUUUUUUAAUCUCUUAAAAGCUUCUUCUCUAGCCGUUUUGGCUCUCUCUCUUACGGUGCUGUAAAGAUUGUCUGUUUUGUGACAACACUAUACACUUUCAUAUGUUGGUUUAAGUAUCAUUUAUACAUU